CUUUGUGGUUACGUAGCCCAGAGGCCUCGGGCUCAGGACGGGGAGGGGACCGCCAUGGUGUGCUGUGAGGAGACCUGUCCCUUCCCGCCCGGCCAGGGCCGUGGCCGGUGCUGCUCCCGGCCUUCCAGGCACAGAGCUGGCCAGUGCCGUCGCCCGUCCUGCUCCGUCAGACCUGGUUCGGAAUUAUCCUCACUGUGGGUCAUGCGUUCUAAAGUUGCUUACAGAGGCUUGUGUGACAUGGCCUCACUGAGGAGGCGAGGUUAUCGUCACCCUGGUCCUCGCUGAUUUGGAAGAGAGCCGAGCAAACGGUUCACGUCGUUCAUUCUCAGUCAGAGAUGAACGACUCCACAAACCGUUAACAGGAUCAGGUUUGAAAUGAUAGUUUUUAAACCUUGAUUUCAGUAAUUAUUAGGCUAAGAAUUUGAUUUUGUUGCUGACACGGUAUGAGUUAUAAGCCUCUUCCUUUGAAGGUUUAGUCCAAUAACUUCAUGUGCUAAAGACAAAGGUAUUGACUUGGAUAUUGACGGAAAUGAAGAGAAACCUAAAUGAAAAUUCAACCCGAAGUACAGCAGGCUGCUUGCCUGUACCUUUGUUCAAUCAGAAAAAGAGGACUAGACAGCCAUUAACUUCCAAUCCACUUAAAAAUGAUCCCGGUAUCAGUACUACUUCUGACAGUUAUGAUUUCCCUCCUCUACCAACAGAUUGGGCCUGGGAAGCAAUGAAUCCAGAGUUGCCUCCUUUAACGAAAACAAUCAACACAGGGCAAAUACCACAUUCAGUUUCUAAUCCCUUGAGAAGUCAAGAUUCUGUGUCUAAGUCUAUUGAACCAAAUACUGAAAGGAGCAAGCGUGGUUGGAGCUACAGAGAUGGCAACAAAAAUACCAGCUUCAAAACUUGGGAUAGAAGUGAUUUUAGGCCUCAAUGCAAAAGAACCAACCUAGCGGCAAAUGAUGGAAUAAAUUUUUCUCCAGUGAGUUUGGGAGUGCAACAACAGAAACAGCUAAGAGUAUCUCAGCCUCCUAACUUACCUCACCAAGGAGAAUGUGAAGUACUCGGACAAGCACACUCUUCAAAAACACCUGGCUCCACAAUGAGAGGUCUAGGAAAAAAGCAGGCAUUUAAGCCCAAUAUCCAACAAAAUCAGUGCAAGAAAAAAACAUUAGGUGAUAUUCCAGAAGAAAACGCUCUCAAGGAUGCCUCACUGUAUCAGUUAAAGCUUAAGGAAAAAGAUAAUUCUUUAAGAAUUGUAUCAGCAGUUAUUGAAAGGAUGAAGUACUGGCGUGAACAUGCCCCCAAAACUGUACUUCUUUUUGAAAUAUUGGGUGUUCUCGAUUCAGCUGUUACACCUGGACCAUAUUAUUCAAAGACUUUUCUUAUGAGAGAUGGGAAAAAUACUUUACCUUGUGUAUUUUAUGAAAUAGUGAGUAUUUGUCUAAGUAUUCUUUGCAAAGCCUAUGCCAACAAAACAUACAAAUGUAAACUGUAAUUCCAUUGUAGCAGAAAUGAUGUUAACACUUUAGUUGUACUUUCAACAUUUUGUUUGGUUUUCGUUAUGAUUUUAAAAUUAUUUGUUUAACUAAUGUGGAGAGCCUACUAUGUGCCUGGCCCUGUGCUAGAUGCAACAGAUACAAAUUGGAAUAUGAAUGGUACAUGGCUCUUUUGAAGAGAUGGUAAUCUCAGUAAAAGACGGUUAUAUAAAUGUUACAUUGUGGUAUGAUAAAUGGUAUGCUAGAGAUAUGUGCAGGGUGCUAUAAAAGUGGAUAGGAAGAUCAGGAAAAGAUUAAAAGAAUGUAGUAACCUUAUUUUAGAUAUUUAAGGACUAAAUAACCAGAGUGUGUUUGGGAAAAGGAGAGGUAGGGAGGAAAGCACGCUAAAUUGAGAGAGCAGCAUAUUCAAAGACAAGAAGCUAAGAGAGAGCCUGGAUUGUAUAGGAAACUGCAAGUAGUUUAUAGUUAUCAGAGUGUAGAGUCCGUAAGUGAUGGGGUUUAAUGUAGUAGUCCUGAGGUUGGGGGAAGGCAAAGAGUAGGCUGGGAUAUAAGGAAGAGGCUUGGUGAUGAAGAAUGGGGUGACAAAGGAAGUCUGGAGGCCUUAUAUGACUUACAUACUUUGUGAGUUUGGCAUUCUGAAAUUGACUGUAAUUCUGAAAUCAGACCUGGAUUCUAGUUUUUAUUCCACCGUUUACUAAGUAAGCUACUUAAACUUUCUGAGCUUCAGUUAUUUUAUCUGUAAAGUGAGGAGACUAGUUUUUACUUUGAAAAGUUGUUUUGGAGCUUAGGUAAUAACACAUGAAUAUAUAGCAUUUCUGACAGAUAGUAGAUGAUCAAGAAAGAGUAAUUGUCAGGUUAUUAAUUUCUAAAAUAUCUUGAGUGUUUAUUAUUUUCUAGUCUUAAAACUUUUUAAAACAAAAGUCUUUAUACAACAAAGUGUACAACUCAUAACUACAAUUCUGUGACGUAGCACAAAGUGAAUAUUAUCAGGUUAAGAAAUAGAACAUUGUUAUUACUCCAUGCAUCCUUGUGCUUCCUCCCGUUCACUACAUCCUGUCUCCUAACUUUUAAUGUCAUAAAUUAAUUCUGCCUCUAUUAAAGCUUUAUA